AUGUGUCUCUACUUUAGGAGGAAGACAGAAUCUGUAUCAGCUCGUCACCUCUUCACAUUAAUUACCGAGCGGUUGUUAUUACAUGCUGACUACCUAACCCUACCAACAUACAUCGUGUUGUUCGAAAUUUUAACCGAACAGAUGACACCAGAGUUUGCCUACACAAAGAGCGAGGCAGCCAGUCCAGAUUGGAGAUUUGAAAACCCUAUGAUGCUAAAAGUUAUUGCAAACUUAAUAACGCAAUCAACGGAGUCGGAGGAACUCAUGCGAGUGAAGAAGGCUUUCUUACUUGAUAUCAUCAACAUGUGCAGAGAUGGCAAGGAUAACAGAAGGACAAUAUUGCAAAUGUCGGUCUGGCAGGAAUGGCUUAUCUCAAUUUCUUACGUGUUCCCAAAAACGGAGGAAGAGAUGGAAAUAUCUGAACUUGUUUACGAGAUGUUUGCCAUUCUUUUACACCAUGCUAUUCGAUUCGAAUAUGGAGGUUGGCGCGUUUGGGUGGACACU